AUGGAACUCAUUGAUAUUCAUAAAAAUGAUGACCGUAGCCUUUACGUUGAUUUUAGGCUCAUUAAAGGAGAUGAUUUAUACUAUUAUUUGGAAAAAAACAAAGUUUCAGAUGCCGAAAAAUUAGUAUGGAUUUAUUUUAUUGCUGAUCAAUUGGAAACUCUUCACAAUAAUAAAAUUAUUCACAGAGAUAUUUGUCCAAAGAAUAUUCGAAUUGAUACAAAACAUUACCCUCACAUCAUCGAUUACGAUGAUGUUCAAAAAACAGACAAUCCAAUGCAAACUUCUCGGCGCCAUGGAACAGGUCUUUAUCAUUCUCUUGAAGUUAUUAAAUCUCUCGAUUACACGCCAGCUUCCGAUAUUUUCGCGCUCGGUGGUGUAAUAUAUUAUAUAAUGACAGGAAAUGAACCGAACCAAGCAGCUCAAGCUGUAAUUAAAUCCUGCAAAAUUGAAUUAUAG